GUUUUAUUUUCUCUUAUUUUAUUUUCUCCAUUAGGGAUACAAUAAAGCCAUGAUUAAACUUAAAUUGAAAAAAACUACUGUUGAUGACAUUUCAGAGAACUUGCGACAAGGUGGGGGAAAGUUAAACUUUGAUGAACUACGACAGGAUCUCAAGGGGAAGGGUCACACGGAUGCAGAGAUUGAAGCAAUAUUUACUAAGUAUGACCAAGAUGGGGAUCAGGAAUUGACAGAACACGAACAUCAGCAAAUGAGAGAUGAUCUAGAGAAAGAAAGAGAGGAUCUGGAUCUGGACAGGAGCUCUCUACCACGUCCAAUGAGUGGUCGAAGCUUCCCUCGCAGUCUGGAUGACUCUGAAGAGGACGAUGAUGAGGACAGUGGACACAGCUCUAGAAGAAGAGGUAGCAGCUCUAGUGGGGUUUCAUAUGAAGAGUUCCAAGUGUUGGUGAGACGAGUGGAUCGCAUGGAACAUUCCAUAGGCAGUAUUGUUUCCAAAAUUGAUGCUGUUAUUGUAAAGCUUGAGGCAAUGGAGCGGGCCAAACUGAAAAGGAGAGAUGUGUUGGGAAGACUGCUAGACGGAGUUACAGAGGAUGAAAGAUUGGGACGUGACAAUGAAAUCCACAGGGAACAAAUGGAGAGGUUAGUGCGGGAGGAACUGGAGCGUUGGGAAUCGGAUGACACAGCUUCCCAAAUGAGCCACCGCUUGGGAACGCCACUUGGACUGAAUAGCCAGCCUCGUUCUAGGAAUUCCCGUCCAUCCUCCUCUCAGUCAACAGAAGGCAUUGAUGGAAGUGGAGGAGGGAAUGGCGGAAGCAACAUCCAUGUGUAAUAUUAGUCAAUGGGUUGUUUUAAAAUUUCAAUCCUGUAUUAUAACAGCAAAUACGCUAUUUACUAUUUGUUUUCCAAAAACAGUGAUGAAUGUUAAAGCUCCCAGUGUCCCUCUGGGGAUUGAUCUGUAGGCCAUAGGGACAUCUAAUUUACAACCACUGUGUCAGCAGCUGACAGAUGUAAAGUUGGCAUUACCUACCUACCCCACUAAAUAGGGUGAUAUUCCCAUUGCCACCUACACUGGCUUUAGGACCAUAAUCCACCAGUAGCAUUGCUUCAAGUGGCUGCACUUAUAGGAUCUGUGCCAGAGGGUUUUACAGUUUCCCUGUCUUCAUUCAGUAAAUGCAGCUGUUGGGAUUUUUUCUAAGUACUCCCAUUUUAAUGCUUGCUAUGCAGCAGGAGCUCAUUUUGGUUAUGUAAAAUAGGACUGUAAGAAUCUACUUUCCCAUUAAAUAAUGCUGGAAACUAGUUUCAAAGUUGUUGUGAAGUAAGUCUCUUCUAAAAGUUUUGAUUAAUUGUUAGCCAAAAAUGCAUUUAACUUCUCAACUCAAAUGCUUAGAUUUCCAGUGCUUUAUAAUGGGAAAUAUUAUUCUUAAAUUCCUAUUCUAAAAUGUAUUAUUAAGGUGACUUCCUAUAUAGUUAUUCCUGUUAAUUAUAUUCAACACAAAUUACAAACAAGUAACAAGGUCGUGUUUAGUUCAUUUUUAUUAUGAAGUAGACACAUAUGCAAGAAGCAUAUGAAUAGUGCAUAUCAGUGCACUAUUGCCAGAGGAAAAAGGCAAUAGUGCACUGAUACAUAGGGAAUGUUACUUCAUAUAUUUAGUACUUCAUAUAUUUUAGUGUUUUAAAAGUAGUUCUUUGGGAAUUUCUUUACACAUAAGAGAGACAAGGUGGGUACGGUAAUAUCUUCUAUUGGAUCAAUUUCUAUUUACACAUAACUAAUGUGAUCAUUGUUGUCUUUGUGUCUGUCCAUAGCUGGCUUUUAGGGCCAAAUUUUCAAAAAGGAAGACCUCUGAGCUCCGCAUCCAAAACUGCACCUACCCUUUCUACAAUUACAUGCAGAAAUUAGGUAAACAUUAGAUAAGUUGUGAAAAACAUCAAUUAAUCUUGGGGGAUUCAAGGGGAGAGAGAAAUUGACAUUUUGAACAUUUCUGAUUAGCUCUAGCAAGUUUUCAUUCCAAUUCAAAGGCAGGGGCCUAAUUAGUUUCUUAUGUAUGCACUUACCUGACCUGCAUGAGCAAUUGGAGGUAUAUUUCUGCAUGUACACGUUUUUCUGUAGGGAACUACUCUACAUCCUUUUGAAAUUGUAGUCUUUAGUAUAAUCAGCACUUUUUAGUAGAAGGCUUGCUGGAUUUGAGACUGCAGUAGAGCUUUGAAGCAGCAACUGCACUGACAAUGAUUUGAGUUUGGUGUACAGAAAAUUAGAGGCAAAUAUGUACUAUUUUUGAUAGUAGUAUAUAUUUAGAUAUAGUGAAAUAUGGGAGUCUUCACUUAAGCUGACAGUUGUCUUAAGAUUAACUGUAGGUUUAAAGGGGAAUGGAAAACUUAAUAUUCAGAUGAAGUACACAGUAUUCUAAGUGCGUAGAUUUGUAGGGUGUAAGAAGGAAAAUGUCCAUGCCUUUUUAUUGAUGCUGGUGGCUUUCAUGUUGUGCUGCUUAUAGGAAUUGCUUCCUGUAGUUAACCUUAAGUACCUUAUAUUUUUGUGUUAGUAUUUUUGGUUUGGUACUGAAUCAAAUACACCUCCAAAUAUUGCAGUUUUCCCAUAUCUAUAUAUACCAGCACUUGUUGUCAUGUUACGGUGUCAUCCAAGACACAUUCCAUAUGACCAGAGCACUUGUCCUUGAUAAAAACAAAACUUUUCUUAUGUUAAAUUUAUAAGAAAGUGCAUGUUCAGUAACUUACUCAUCUUAGAUGAAGGGACUUCUCCCCUACUGAGAGCUGAAAUUUCCCAACAGACUAUCGGUCAAGCUCCAACACUGCCAAGUGGAUAAGAAAUUAAUCCAAAUAGUUACGGUUAAGAUUUUAUCACAGUUAUUUUUAGUAAAAGUUAGGGAUAGGUCACUGGCAAUAAACAAAAAUUCACUGAAGCCCCUGACUUUUACUAAAAAUAACUGACAAAAUGGGGCUGACAGGGGGCUGCAGGAGGGGAGGAGAGGUUUAGCACCUGCUGACACUGUGGCUCACAGCUCUGGGGUCCCCCCCCACUGCCUGUGGAAGCUGGAAGCUGUGUGGUGGGCCCGCCUAAGCCCACUGCGGCUCAGAGCACCAGGGUCCCUGAUAGCUUCAGCCCUGCCUCCAUGGGCUGAAGCGGAAAGUGUCAUGGAGGUCUCUGAAAGUCAUGGAAUCCUGGUCUUCCGUGACAUAAUCUAAGCCUUAAUAAUAGUAUACAGAACCUUCUGUUACAUUACUGUGUAGGAGGUAUAUUUCAAGGGGUCAGUUGGCUAAUUGGUAAGAUUGUUUUUGUAAGCUCUAAAAAAUUAGCAUUUGGUCUGUUGGGGCAUAGGAAUAUCAAAAUGCCAGAUACAGUAUUAUAUGUCAUGUAGUUAAAGUUUAAAACCAAUCAUCUGACCAAACAAUUUGGCUUCACAGGAAAGAGGUUGCUAGUGCUCAGUUAAAGUGAUCUUUUGUUAUAAAGACAAGACAUGUUGGAUGUUGCUGCAAUAUCAUGCUGCAGAACUAAGGAAAUUUGCAUUUGUGAAGUUGUCUUUUCAAAACACUACAGCUAUCACUGUGGCUUUAAAUGUGUCCUAAAAUUGUACCUUUCUCUAAACUAAUAUCGAACAAAGCUUUUCUUUUAUUAGUAUGUUAACUAUGAAAACCAAAAUGUUUGCAUUCAUAGCUAUAUUUGUUCAUCUGUAUAUCUGUAACGUGUCGUUACUUAAUAACAAACUUCAUUUUGAAGUGCAGUAAGCUUUCAUGGGCUAUCCAUGUGUGUUGACAAUGUGCCAUGCAAGAAGUACAUGGCAACUAGACAAAUGUGUUAUACAUUUUUUAUUAUGGUUUCAUUUUAAGUUUAGAUUCUCUUGUAACUGUUACUUUGUUUCUAGGGUAAAGGGUUUCUUCUAAGUAAGUGUAAAGUUUUGCAUUAGCAUUUGGUCUUAUUAGGAAGCUGUUAAUUAUGCAAGUCUUCCACAGUUAUCAAAGAUUUAUUGGUCUAUAAUACUGAGCACUUUACUUCCUAAUAAAGAUUUUACAUAUGAAAAUCA